AUGAAAUUGGUGGUUUAUAAGGCGGCGACGUAUUUGAUAGGAAAGGUUGGGAGAACUCAAGCCCCGCGUGAAACACAUGUGAAACACAACGAAGACCAAAUUCCUGGAGGAUCUUCUAGUGGUUCUGCUGUUGCUGGUGGUGCAAAGAUUGUUGAUUUCUCUUUAGGAAUUGAUACAGCAGGAAGUGCAAGAAUGCCUACAUCAUAUUGUGGGAUUUUUAGAACUGAUACAGCAGCAGGAACUGAUAUAGCUUCUGAAAUUGUUGAGUCCUUAUUCUCUGAAUUGAUUUUCUUAUUCUCAUAUUCACAUCUAGGAUGUGUGCUAGGGAUCCAAAGACUUCUUUUGCAAUCUCCACAGGUCACACCUGUUAGACCUACUCAGGUUGUCAUUUUCCACAUACUGUCAUCAAAGCAGUACAAAACUGCAGAUGAUGUAAUCAGGCAUGAAAUCCUUGGUGAUUAUUAUGUGAAGCCUAAAGUUCCGGGUUUGAAACAUUUCAUGAGUGAAGAAAACACAAAUCAAGUAUACAACAUACCAUCACUCGCUGCACUUUCAAGUGCAAUGCGAUUGCUUCAAAGGUAUGAAUUUAAGAAUAACCAUGGUGGAUGGAUCGAUGCAGCAGUCAAACCUGAUUUAGGUUCCAGAAUUUCAGAACUUGUAUCAGAUGCCUUUAAGCACAAUAGGGGAGCCUAUUGAUAUUUGUCAUUCUAUAAAAGGGGAGUUGCAUGGUGCUCUUACUUCUCUUCUUCUUGGGCCCUUUCCACCUGCCGCAGCAACUACUAAUGCUAUGAUUUGGCUGGUUGGAUGGCUAAUGCCUCAUCAACUAUACCUGUCCCACAUCCCACGGAAUCAAGGUUACAAAUUUGGUUUUCUUUUUGUCCUUUUAUCCUAAAAAAAUGUGUUUACCUUAAUUUUGCCACAGAUCACAAGUCUACACAUCCUAGUUUUUUCACUUGUUUAGCUUCAUUUGAACAAAAUUAUGGUAACUAGUGUCCUAGCAAUUCAAAUUGUAUUUAUAAAACAAAAUUAUGUAACUAAGUGCGCAAGAUAGCAUGUUCUGAAGUUUUUUCUUAGUAUUUUAAGUGUUAGAGGGUUAGACAUUAUGAAGUUUUGCUUAUUAUUUUAGACAUUCAAUAAUUAAGUUUUGAUCCUGUCACUUGGUUAAUAGUGUCUAUCUUGAAGCGUCCAAGAACACCUUCAACCACUCCUGGAAUGGUUGAGGAUCAAAAUAAUGAUCACUUCUAUGGAGGAGGUAAUAAUCUACGGUUUAAUAUGAUUAGGAUCAGAAUAAUGAUCACUUCUAUGGAGGAGGUAAUAAUCUUUAGUUUAAUAUGAAUAGACUUUUAGGUCAUCUUAGGUUUCUUAUUCUUCAAGGAUCUUCAACGACAAGCAACCCUUCAUAACCCGGCCCAACCCGGCCAAAUCGAUUAAGAAAAUAGGCGGAAAUGACUUACAUUGUUUAGCCUUAGGUAUUGCUAUUAAAUUAUUUUCUAUUUUUUAUGUCUAGGGAUCAAAUCAGUAUAGAUGUUGUACCUUGAGUGUCAUCCAAAUUUUCCUAAAGAAAUUUUAGUAUUCUUUGAGCAUCAUGACUUAGUUGUCCAUUGAAAAGCUCCGAUUAUCCACACAAUUCACACAAUAAAUUAAUGGUGAUUUAAUUGGAAAGCUCCUAUAAAUCACAUAAUAAAUCUGAUGGAAAAUUGUUGAUUUAAUAUUUUCUUAUCAUCAAAUUACAAUACAAACGCAUUUUAAAUAAGUUAUUAUUGCCUACUAUAGCCUGAAUAUGGGUUUUUUCUUGAAAAAUACAGGGUUUUGCGCAAAACAGACCCAACAUACAUUUGCCAUAUGGGGUUUGCCUUAGAUUCACAUUUCCAAGAAAAAAGAUUUAGAUCUUAUCAUCAAUUUAGAACUUUCUUUAAGACGAAUGUCAAUUCAAAUAUCUCGGAAAUGUGUUGCAUCUGAAAAAUUAUCUGUAUGUUGAUAUUUUAAAAGCACAUCAUUGCAGAGUAAUAUUACUUCCUGUGUAUCAUGAUAGUGAACUAUCUUUAAGAAACGUUUUAAAGAUAGUUUCAAAAUAUAUCUAAGUGGGAUAUAUUUCUGAGAAUUCAAAAUAUAUCUGAGUGGGAUAUAUUCCUGAGAAUAUAUAUUUGGUUCGAAAGCAUUUUGCUAAGUGAUAUGCAAUAGCGAACUCACUAUUAUGAUCAUGUAUCACACUCUCUUAUAUGAUCAUGUAUCACACUCUCUUAUAGGCUUAUAGGAUUAACUUUAAAAAAAUCAUAUCUGAAACCACUUUUGAAAUUAUCUUUAAAGUGUUUCUUAAAAAUAGUUCAUCAUCAUGAGGAAGUAAUGUUACUCUGCAAUGAUAUGCUUUUCAAAUAUCAAGACAAGAUAUAGAGGAUUUUUAGAUGCAAAAUAUUUUCGAGAUUUUCAAAUUGACAGUUUUCUUGGAGAAAGCUCUAAAUUGACGAGAUCUAAAUCUUUUUCUUGGAAAUGUGUUGCAAGAAAAAGAUUUAGAUCUCAUCAAUUUAGAACUUUAAAUUGAUGCAAACCCCUUAUAUGGAAAAUGUAUGUUGGACCUGUUUUACGCAAAAUCCGGCAAAACCCGGUUUGUUUGUUUGUAGGCGAGAAUCGCUUAUUUGAAAUGGGCUUGUAUUGGAAUUUGAUGGUAAGAAAAUAGAUUAAUUACGUGGAUUAUAGGAGUUUUCCAAUUAAAUCACCAUUAAUUUAUCGUGUGGAUUAUGUAUGGAUAAUCAGAGCUUUCCAAUGGAUAACUAGGUUAUGAUGUUAAAAGAAUAGUAUUAUUUGUUUAGGAGAAUUUGGAUGAUACUCAAGGUACAUCUUUGUUGAUCUGAUCCCUAGACAUAGAAAAUAGAAAAUGAUUGCUCUAAAUUGAUGCAAACGGAUCUAUUUUACGCAAAACCCGGUUUGUUUUACAAAAAACCCCAUGUCGAGACACAACCAGCAAAUCCAAAAACAUCAAAACCUUACUGUUAUGAUGUCAAUCUUCUCAAUAAAAUAAAGACAAUUGAAGAACUCUAAUGCUCUUGAGCGGAAAAAUCCUUUUAUUCAUAAAGUAAAAGUUAGUAGCAUGCUUCUAUUGAAAAAAGGUUGAGAAAAAAAAAAUGAAAAAAAAAAUUGAAGGGAAUAAUAAUAUACAGGUUGACUUACUAUGUGAGCUCUGUGAGAUGGGGUUUUGUUAAAUUUAGAUGGACAAGGAUUAGGGGUGGACAAGAACCGGUAACUCGGUCCAAACCACCCGAACCCGAAAAAAAAAGAAAAGAAACGGGCGGUUUAGCUGAAAAAUCCUUUUAUUCAUAAAGUAAAAGACAGUAGGAUGCUUCUAUCGAAAAAAGGUUGAGCAAAAAAAUUGAAGAGAAUAAUAAUAUACAGGUUGACUUAACAAGUGAGCUCUGUGAGAUAGGGUUUUGCUAAAUUUAGAUGGACAGGGAUUAGGGAUGGACAAGGGAUUAGGGAUGGACAAGAACCGGUAACUCGGUCCAGACCACCCGAACCCAAAAAAACAAAAAGAAACAGGCGGUUUAACACGGGAAAACGGGUCCACGGGUGACUAACUCGGUUUAAGGUGGUUUAUAAUGGGCGGACCGAGUAAGAAUAACUGAACCACGGGUACCUGGGCCCGCCCAUACCCAUUAGCUGCACGGUGUCGAUUGGAUAUGCAAUACCCUCAGUUUCACCUCACCCUCGUCUCUCACUCUCGUCUGAAUCCCUAGCACUGUCCACAACUUUUUUCUCUCGCGAUCCACCGUCUCUCUCUCAUCAACCAACGUCUUUCUCUCAUCAAUCACAAUGACUCAACCUCACCAACCUCCCUGUCACCAUCAGUCACCGUCUCUCACAAAAACCAACAUGAUUUUGUUACAAGGUAACCUUUUUAUUCAGUUUUUCAUUUUUAAUUUGUUAGGGUUUGCUUAGGGUUUCGAAUCCUGACUUUGUGGUUUCGAAUUCUAACUUAGUUGUUUUGAUUCUAAAUUUGUUGUUUUGUUUUUAUGAUAGGUUAAUCUUUUAUGAGCACAACUCUUACUUUUCAACAGGUUUGUGGUUUCUGAAUCUCCUGUUGAAGCUUAUGUCGUAAAUAGAUGAAACCUACUUUGAAUUUGCUAAAAGAGACUCAGAAGGCACAUUCAUCAACUCCCGGUUGUAUCAAAGCUUCCUGCAUACAGUAGGACUAUGAAAAAAUAUAUAUUUUUGGUGUAGGACAUAAAUAUUAUUAACUUUUCUGUUAUUUUAUCAAUACAUAAUAGAUUUGUCAUUUCUAAUUUAUUUAUCUAAAGCUGCACUAUUUUCUUGAGCUUUUAUGUUCUCAGGUUCAAGUGCCACCAGUUGUCUGUUAUUUGAUGUUGAUUCUCAAACCAUUUUUGCCAGCAAUGUAAUAAUUCGUGCUCCUUUGUUAUGGGUUUGGUAUGCAUUUGGGGUUAGGCAGGAAUAGAGCUUGUUCACUUUCUAAAGUUGCAUAUUGAUCUUCUCAGCUUCAUUUUACUGCUACCAAAGAUGUCAUAUGUCGGCAUUUUAAUAAAUUUGGGGAAGUACUGAAAGCUGUUAUAGUUACUAAUUCAAUAACAGGGCAGUAAGAAGUUUAAGAUGUUCUUACACAUUAUGUAUGUUUAUAAGUUCAAGAUUUUUCUAUUCCUCUAUAUCAUUUCACUUUUUUUUUGAAGCAGUGCAGCUUAUGUGGAGUUCACGCAUAAAGAAGCAGUAGAUAAUGCAUUAUCAUUGGAUGAAACUUACUUCAGUUAUCUUGAAUCUAUAUGGAAGUGAAUAAAACUGUCGAAGCAAAUUUCAAUAGGAAGUGAAUAAUAAUAAUAAUGCUUAUAUCAAAGUGAACACCCAUUUUAAGUUCUAACAAAACUAAACACAAUGUUUGUUAUUUCUUUGAAUCUAUAUGUUUUAUGAAUAAAUGGAAAGUUUCUCUCUUUGAAUUUUCAGUUUAGAAUUGCUAAACUUUCAUCUUCUUUCUUUGACAUUAAUUGGCCAAAUGAUUUGUCUGUCUUUAACUCUUUUACUGGUAGAGCUGAUGAUGCUAAGCUUUUCUUUAAUCCAAAGAACUUGGGAGGAAAGCUAAGUGAUAAUGAUCAUAAUCAUAAUCAAAAUUAUCAUCACCCUCUUAAUCAAAAUCCUGAUUCAGAAGGUUCAAACCCAAAUGAGUUUUUGAGCUUGGAUACUCACCAUGAUGGUGAAAGAAAAUUUGCUUUAUCAUCUUCAUCUACUUCGAUGGAUCAUCGUCAACAAGGAUACUCACCAUGAUGGUGAAAGAAAAUUUGCUUUAUCAUCUUCAUCUACUUCGAUGGAUCAUCGUCAACAAGAAGGUGUGCAGUAUAGGAAUUCAUAAGGUGGUAUGUACUUAGAUGUUAUGGAGAUCUUUUUGGAGUGAAUGUUGUUGGGAAGCAUGAUUUAGAAUUUGUAACUAGGAAAAGCUAGUUAGGUGUUUCUUUUUCAUGUGUUUGUUUUUCACUAUUGUGUAUAUGUUUUCUUAUGUAUUCCUCUUAAUGAAACUUUAUUAAUGAUCGUUAUGUCACUUACAUUUUGUUACUAAGUAGCCAAAAAGGAAGAAACUAAUAACUAAGCAUAUUUUGGUAAUUGUAGGCUGCAAUUGGAUUUAAGUAGUUUAAAAUGUGUUAUUAGGCUAAACAAAAAAUCACUCCAAUAACCCGAUUAAACCGCUUCUAUUAAUCUGCGUCUCGUCUUAACCCAACUCGGCCAAACCGAGGAAAA